AUGGCCGAACCCGCCACCGACGCCCCUGCUGUGGAAGAGUUCGCUCAAACGCGCGGUGGUGACGAUCUGUUUGACGACGAGAUUAUCCCUGUCUCUGCAGAGGUACAUGCCCAGCCAGAGGUGCAAGUAACCGAGGAAACUGUCGCCCCGGUCGAUAGCGAUCCGCAACCUGCCCGUGUUGACACUCCGUCGCGCGUGCGUGGAGGAGACAGACGUGGAAGAGGUCGAGGCAGGGGACGUGGCAGGCGAGGGUCGCAGAAUUCAAGCCAAAGACGCUCUGAUGGAGCCCAAAGGCCGAAGUCUGCAGAUACUGCCCCCCAGUUGGAGAAUAAAGGUCUGGAAAGCUCUAUACACAAUCCGGCCAAUGACAACGCGGACCAGUCAAACCAUGAUGAUCACGCCACAUCCGAUACCAAGCCAUCUGUGGGAGCCGAUGCCCCGAAAGUACCAGCAGUGCGUGGAGAUCGGAGUGCUACCGGUGGACUCAAAAAGCCAAAACUCACCGAAGAAGAACUCUCCCGGCGCAUUGCGGCUGCCAAGGAGAAUGCUGCGAAGAAAGCCGCCGCUCACGCCCGUGCCGAAGCCGACCAAGCAUCGUUCUUAGAACGUGAGAAAGUUGCUGAGGUGAAGCGACAGCAGGAACGCCAAAACCGUCGUGUGAUGGACUCAGAGAGAGAACGAAACCGCCAGCGGAAAUUGCAGGCCUUGAAUGGGAGAGAGUGGGACAUGCAAAAACAAGAUGACAUGGACAGCCCACGCGGCGCCAGAGGUCGAUUCCGAGGCAUGCACGGCGGUGUCUCUGGAUACGCUAGACGAGACUUUGGAGGAUUGCCAGCGGAUGAUGAAAUGGCUGACAAUGCCCCUCAUUACGACAGCAAUAACCACUAUCGUGGCCGAGGACGCAGCGGAAGAGGCGGCCGAGGACGGGGAAAUGGCCGUGGACCGCGUGCAGGAGACCCUACCGUGGGCGGUGCAUCGGAUCAUUCCGCUACAACUGAACAGAAGCCUGCCCCAACUCCGCCAGUGAUCAACGACGAAGCCGAUUUCCCUGCCCUCCCUAUCAGCGAGAAGAAGAACAGUCCCUCUGGAGUCACCGAAGCCGCCAAUAUCGAAUCAAGCAUAUCGCCCUUGUCAGCAACAGGAGCCUCCUGGGCGGAACAAACGCAAACUCCCAAAGAAACAGAAUGUGAAUUCCUCAGUCUGAGCCAGCAAAAGCGCAUCGGAGAGGAAAAUUAUCAGAAACGAGCAGGUCUACCGUCCCCCGAUUUGGAGGAUCGGAGCUUUAUGGAGACGAAACCUGGGGGAUCGGAUACCUUGCCUGGAUGGAAAAAGGUGAAGGAUGUAGUUGGAAAUAUGUUUGGAUAA